GAAUUAAUAUACUUAUGUUUAUUAUUUUGUAUGAAAAAAUUAAAUAUUUGAAUGGCUGAUUGAGUAUGUGAUGGGUGUCCAGCGAAGAAUUGAUGCUUCCAUGGGAACAGGGAUUGAAUGCUGCGAUACUGCCCCAAACUAUGUUAAGGUGACAUAACUUUUCAACUAAAACCAUGUUUUAGGGUUGGUUCAUGCAAACCCUAACCAGUAACUACCAUAAAUGGCAAUGCUUGCUUUCACCAUCUCUGGUUUCCCUUCAAACCACUCGUUAUUCCCUCUUCGCAAGCCAUCGCCAACAACAAAUGCAACAUUUCGCAUUGACACCAUCAAUUCAACCCCCACUCAUGCCUCGGAAUUGCAACAGAACGCUUCAUCCGAACAUUUUGGAAAAGGAAAUGCGGGUGGCGGAGGAAGGAAGAAGAAAUCGAAGGAGAAAGUUCAGUGGGUUUGCAGCAAUUGCGGAUUCACCACUGGGCAAUGGUGGGGUGUGUGUCGAUCCUGCAGUGAAGCUGGCACUAUGAAAGAGUUUCACGAGCCUAAGUUCAGUGAUGGUGAUAGUAAAGUUAGUGGAUUUUCGGUUUUUGAUGACUGUGUGGGGUCUUGGCUCCCACAACAAGAAGGUGAGUUGCGUCCCUUGAGAUUGGCUGAGGUUAACAGAGGAUUUGAUCAUCUGCAUUGGAGAAUUCCUUUGUCUGGUUCUUUUGGAAAUGAAGUUUCCAGAGUGCUUGGUGGCGGUCUUGUACCAGGCUCAUUGACUUUAGUUGGUGGUGAUCCUGGUGUUGGGAAGAGUACUCUGUUGUUACAGAUUGCUGCAUUAAUUGCAGAAGGAAAUCAUGAUGGUGUAGCAUCUCCAGUUGUGUAUGUCUCUGGUGAAGAGAGCAUUGAACAAAUUGGUAACAGAGCAGAUCGCCUAAGGAUUGAAUCAGAUAUUUAUUUAUAUUCAAGUAAUGAUAUUGAGGACAUAUUGAAGAAAGUUCAGAUUCUCUCCCCUGGGGCCCUAGUUGUUGAUUCAAUACAAACUGUUUAUUUAAAAGGAAUAAUGGGAAGUCCUGGAGGGAUUAUGCAGGUGAAGGAAUGUACUUCAGCUUUACUGCGAUUUGCAAAGAAGACAAACAUCCCAGUUCUUUUGAUUGGACAUGUGACAAAGUCUGGAGACAUAGCAGGACCUCGUGUCUUGGAGCAUAUCGUUGAUGUUGUUUUGUAUAUGGAAGGUGAGAAGUUCUCUUCCCAUCGUAUGCUUCGAGCUGUGAAAAAUCGAUUUGGAUCCACUGAUGAGCUUGGAGUGUUUGAGAUGUCACAUUCAGGACUUCAGAUUGUUUCAAAUGCCAGUGAAAUGUUUCUCAGUGAGCAACACUUGGAUUCUGAAAUUUUAGCUGGACUAGCUGUUGCUGUAGUAAUGGAUGGGAGCCGAACAUUCCUUAUUGAAAUUCAGGCACUUUGUCUUUCUGGUUCAACAGGUUCAAGGCAAGUUAAUGGGAUCCAAGUAAAUAGAGCUGAUAUGAUCAUAUCUGUUCUUAUAAAGCAAGCAGGUCUUCGUCUCCGUGAACAUGCUGUGUUUUUGAAUGUUGUUAGUGGAUUGACACUAGCUGAAACUGCAGGAGAUCUUGCAAUAGCAGCAGCAAUUUGCAGCAGUUGCUUGGAGAUCCCUAUUCCAAAUGACAUUGCAUUCAUUGGUGAAAUUGGCCUUGGUGGUGAGCUUCGCACGGUUCCUAGAAUGGAUAAAAGGGUCUACACCGUAGCAAAAUUGGGUUACAGAAUGUGUAUAGUACCCAAGGCGGCUGAAAAAGCUUUAGGAACUGAAGGUUUAGAAAAGAUGAAAGUUGUUGGUUGCAGGAAUCUGAAAGAGGUUAUGAACACUGUAUUUCCCAGUAUAAUGAGAAGAAGCUAGUGAUUGGUCACACACAGGAUAUUUGUGUUGUGCUUGUGCAGAUCUUUCAUAUUAAUCUUUUAAUUUGUAUGAUGUAAAGUAUGACUUGUUAUACUUUUGUAAAUAUAUAGCUUACUUACAACAAGAUUUGUUCCAGGUAUUCCAAGUAUCCUUUUUUU